AUGCAGUAUUUGGAAAUCUUUUCUGCCAAAGGUAACCAAAUCAGUGGCAUGAUUCCCUCAUUCAUUGAAGGAAUGAAUUCCUUAACUGUCCUUGAUCUUUCCCGUAACAAUAUUGGUGGUAUCAUUCCAUUGAGUUUGGGUAAUUGCGUAGCACUUGAGGCACUUGAUUUGAGCAAGAACAGGUUAUCCGGAGGAAUACCCAUGUCUUUGGGUCUAUUACGUCAACUCCAAUCAAUGCACCUGAGCAACAAUAACCUAUCAGGAGAAAUCCCUUCAUCUUUGAAGAAAUGUACUAGUUUGGAGACUCUCGACCUUGGACACAACAAUUUCUCAGGUUAUAUUCCCACUUGGAUUGGAAAAAGCUUUUCAGCUUUAAGAAUUAUGAGUUUACGAUCAAAUAUGUUUACUGGCAACAUCCCGGCACAAAUGUCAAACCUGACUUCUCUUCAGAUCCUCGAUGUGGGACAAAAUUGUUUAUCUGGUUCAAUUCCCCAAAGUUUUGAAGAUCUCAUGGCCAUGAAGAGGACAAACCUCAAUCUUUCCUAUGGAGGGAUAGGAACAUCAUAUUACGAGGAAAACUUGUUUUUAUCAAUGAAGGGGCUAAUGCUUGAAUACACUAGAACAAUUUCACUUGUUACAUGCAUGGACCUUUCAAGAAAUAACUUAUCUGGAGAGAUCCCAAAAGGACUCACAAGUCUUUUAGGAUUGCGAGUCUUAAACUUUUCGGAAAACCAUUUGACCGGAAAGAUCCCAGACAUGAUUGGUAAAUUGACAUUGCUAGAGUCUCUUGAUUUCUCAAAAAAUCAGUUUUCAAGUACAAUUCCUCAGAGCAUGUCAAAUUUAACUUUUCUAAGUUACUUGAACUUGUCAUUUAACAACUUGUGGGGGGAAAUUCCAUCUGGAAAUCAGCUCCAAACAUUUCAAGAUCCUUCUAUUUAUAUGGGCAACAACAGACUUUGUGGACCUCCUCUUCCACAUAAGUGUGUUAGCGAUGAGACUCCUCAAGGUCCAAUGCUUGUUAGUGGUGACAUUGAAAAAGAUGAAGAAGAGGAUGAGAUGCGUUGGUUUUGCUCUGGACUGGGACCAGGAUUUGCAAUUGGGUUUUGGGCCUUCUGUGGCAUUUUAGUGUUGAAGAGGUCCUGGAGGAUUGUCUAUUACCGCUUCUUUGAUGAGAUGAAAGAUAGACUUUGUUUUAAUUGUCACUGUACAUGA